GCAGUUAUACCUGUCAUGUCGGGUGCCAAAAAUUUUGGCAUACGCUCCUCUCCUGAUCCGAUAGCGAUCCGCCGGUCGCCGCCACCUCCACCGGUCCCGCCCCCGGAGCCGGGCGCGGCCGGCUCGUGCUGCUGCCGGUGCCGAUGUCGGUGCUCGUCACCGGCCCAGGUGGCGCCACCGUCGAUACCGGCGCAGCUGUUGACGCCGUUUCCUGAGCCUCCCGUGCUCCGCCGACCGCUACCCUCCGCCGGCGCCGGAACCGUGGGAACUCCUCUGGCUCGGCCGGCCGACUCGCCUGUCCCGAUCCCGACGUCGGCCACUGGUCCGGACCCUUCUAGUGCCGCUGGUCGAGCCCUGUGCUACACUGCCGCACCUGGUAAUCCUGGAGUCACCACUGACAGCGGCACCCAUCGGCGAACACCUUCAGAUCCUGGUCCCACGCCGGCCUCCAUGGCUCAGCGGGUCACCUGCUGUCACGCAGCAGCUGCAGUCAUGUUCCAGGGAGGCGAGGAGGACGACCACCCGUACGUGCGCGUGCUGGAGACGCCGGCGCCCGAGCGGCCCCUGCUGGCGCGCUACCUACAGCCCAUCAGCUGGGGUGGCAUCGGCUUCGCCUCCGCCUUCGUCUUCAACCUGUUCGCUAGGAAGCCGCCUCUCGCUGGUAUCCAGCGGCACAUAGCGCUGGGAGGCAUCGGCUGGGUGGCCGGCCUCUACAUCAACAAGUGGAUCGAGAGCAACUCUGCCGAGCGGGACGCCGUGCUCAAGCACUACAUCCAGCUGCAUCCGGAGGACUUCCCCGUGCCCGAGAGGAAAAAGUACAGCGAAAUUCUACAACCGUGGAGCCCCCUGCGAUGAGUUGUCUGUCCUCUGUCUAUCGUCGUCGGUCAAGCCGCGGUGUGGUGGCUGGGGCAGCCGCUCCCCGGGCAGCGAUGGGUGGCUGCCGCAGCCGCCGGGCGCGCCGCCGCGUCUACCGGCGGUGGCCGCCCGCUGUGGCCAUUAGUAGAGGUGUGCUAUUGGGACAGGGACGUGACUGGCAUGUUUGCGGGUGACGGGUCACAUCCGUGCCCGGUGGAGAGGCGCGCCGGCCGUGGGCGCGCCGGCAGCCCGCCCGGCCGCCGCCCGGGCCGGGCGUAGUCAUGUGCAGGUAUAAAGUGAUGUGAUGCUGCGUUCUGCAGUGUGUGUGUAAAUAUAUAAUAAACAUUGUAAGAUAUG